AUGCAAGAAGUCGCAAUAAGAUAUCCUAUACUGCAGCUUUACAAGUCAGUGACCUCAGGUAAGUUGUGUUAAUGCCAAUUUCAAUCAUUUAAAUGGCUAGUCCAAGCAACAUGACCACAUCAGUGAUUUGUAGUGGCCAUUGUGCUUGGAGUAUGAAAGUGCAGUAAAACUCUUUACACCCUUGACCUUCAUGGCACUGUCCUUUCAUGGUUCUCACCCUACGUCUCCCAAUUAUUAUUUAGUGUCUCCUCUGCUAACAGCUUAAGCCCUCUUACCAUUUCAGCUGGAGUCCCUCAGAUUUCUGUCCUUGGUUUCCUUCUGAUAUCGUGUCUCUCUUGGAAAACUUCCGCCUUAAAAGAUCUUCCAAUAUGCUACUAAGCUUGUUAAAACUCUUCAAAUUUCUCUUAUUUACUAUUGUAAUUCUCUCCUAUCGAUCUCUACGGAAACCAUACUGCCUCACUAUUGUCCUGUCACUGUUUGCACCAUGCCAAGCAGACUGUCAGGCAUGGACAUCUCUUCUCAGGGCCUGGCUGGAAUUGCACCUGGGUCUUCUUCAUCCCAGUCAUUGAUCUUUUUCUCAUCGCCACUUCUCAUGUUAAUUCUUGUUCAUUUCUGAUGCUAUGGUAUCUGCAUCACUAUGCCUGAACUACUAUUCACACCUGCAUGUGGUUCCUGAUUAAGUAGCUUAUUAGCUACCUUUAUAAUCCUUGCCUUGCCACUUCCUCCUGGUCAGAUCGUUUUGUUACCCGUCUUGGAAACAAUUUAGUUCAUUUGACUCCUGCUUUGACCUUCAGUACCGUUUACCGUAUUUGCUGAUUUCUGCCUCCCCCGACCAUUGGUACUGUACCUGACUACUCUAUUGGAAUUUCCUUGUCUGUUUUGCAUAUCCAGGAGUACUUUUCCUGCAAAACCCCAGUGCAUUGUUUCAUAACUUUGGAGAUAUUUCCCUAUUGUCUCCUCUGUUCAUGUUAAACAGCAAGGGUGUGCAUUAACUCACCACUUUGGACUCCCACCUCCAGGUAAGACCCUUACAAGUCCAUAGUGAAUCCUGCUGCCAGGCUGACUUAUCUCUCCCAUCACUUCUCUCAUACAACACCACUCUGUCAAUCCUCACAUUGGCUUCUUGUGCCUUAAAUGGGUCUGUAACUGAGCUCCCUGUACCCCUGGCUGGGUACCUCCGCAAAGGACCGCUUCCUAGCUGGAAACAGCACUUCUGCCCACAGUCACGGUGGCUUCACUGGGGCCCUGGAACCGCCCCACCUGGAGCCGAAUAGGAAUUAGCUCUAGACACCCCCAGGCACUGGACGACACUCAGUCCUGGGAGCUCUUGUCCUCACAAGGACUUUUACAGUUGAAUACUCAACACUGGAACAGUAAUUAAAGAGUAGCCAUUUCCCCUCCCAGUAACCAGACGACAAAUAGUUCUGGUAGUACAAGCUGGAAUCUGGUGUACACACAGUGCAGGAGAAUACAAUAAUAGUAAAAACCACCACUGGUGUAUAUGUGGAGUGCUUAAAAAUAUACAGGCUUACUCAUGUGGGUUGGCAUACAUAUGUAUGGGAAACGUAUCACAGUACAAUGUAUCUGAAACAGAUAUAAGUGCAAAUAGUGCAAGUAACGUAUGUGAUAGACCCACUGCGUGAAUAAUCUAUAUAGUCUCACUCACAUGUAACAGAGCCCUACAGGAUAGGCUCAGAUCUCAAAGACUUGCGUGUACUUAUGGUGACACGGUAACCCGUCGAUCCUUUUAUCAUUGGAAAAUCCUUAUACAUACAUAGGAGAAAAGGAAGGGAAACAGGGGAAGCAAGGUGCCACUAGUGUAAUAAAUUCCAGUACUCUGUUCAUAUAAUGGAAGAAAAAUUGUCUCUCACCUUUGCACAUACACCCUCCUUUUUACCAAAGGAACAUUUAUUUCAACUAACUUAUUCAUAUAUUACAUUUUUAAUGUUUAUUUACCUCCUUUUAUUAUUUAUUAGAGUGCUGUCAUUUUAUUGUGUAUGGUUUUUAAUUUGUUCCGGUAGAAAGAACAGUUUGUGGUAGCAGCUUUUUAUGUGAAUUGCAUUGCUGGUAUUUGAAUUGGAUAGGACAUUGUCCCCUAAAUUGCGUUUUCUAUAUUUGCUAGUCCCUUUGACAACACAGGGGCCAUAAGGCUUCCUUAAAAUGACAGAACCAAAGUAAAUUAACUGGCUCACUAAAAUGUUUCUUUUGCAGGACGCAUUAAAGGAGACACAUUGAUUGAUGUCAGUAUGGGACCCAUGAUGCACCUCCUGUGUACAGUCUCUGAUGUUUUCAAAGAGAUCACAAUUUUAAAAUUCAAUGAUGAAUGUAUCAAGGAAGUGAAGAAAUGGCUAGACACACAUUCAGAAUGUUUUGACUGGUCUCAUACAUCAAAGUAUAUCAUGGAGCUAAAUGAAGGAGGGUAAACUAUCAUGAAGUAACUGAGGGAGAUUUAUCAAAGUUUUGCAGAUUGUUUUGUGGCUUUUUUGGUAUUUGUUUUUAGUUAUUUAUUCAUUAUUUUUUAUUUUACUUCUUUUUUAUUUUAUAAAAACAUAUAAGACAAACAAUAUAACAAAGACAUGACUAAAAUGUGCCAAACUAACAUAAAAAAGCCAUUAUGAAUUAUAAAGAGCCUUCUGACAAUGAAUAUCUUAAAUCUGAUAUAUCAAAUUAGUUAUGCAGUAGAGACACAGGGAUCAUUUUCCACUUUUGUUUUUUGUCAGAUCAUCACUGGAAAUCUACAACAGUUUUAUUAAUGUAACUAACAUAUUUUUCAGUUUUUUAGUUUAAAUAAUUGUUUUUUUAAAUUGACAAUAAAAAGGGAGAUUAAGUUGUUUCUGACUAAUAAAAGUUUUACUGUAGUUAAGCAAUGUGUAAAUAAUGUGUUGUCUCUUUGUGUGCCAAUCAAGGUGAAGCAGGGAGAACUCAGGUUUCUUCACUAAAGACAGAUUGGUUAUAAUCUUAAUCAGAUCAUAGACCUUUUCCCAAAAAUACUUAUCACAAGAACAACCAAAUUGGUCUUUUCUAGCUUUUUUUUUUUUUUUUUUACUACUUUUGGCAUUUGCCUUGUAAACCAAUGUAUCAGCUUUUAGAGCAGUAGAACUGUAGAAAAUUCAUAGGACUUGUUUUGCGAUUGUUAUCUCUUGACUUAUUCACAGAUGAUUUGUUCCAUGCAAAAUGCACAUUAGAAAAUAUGUGGGGCCGUGACAACCGUCAUGUUUUUAAACCCCUGAUGGCAGCCCUGAUUUACUUAAACCUCCAUACCUAAAGCUACACUGCAGAGCAAUGAGGGAAUCCCAGUGGUUCCCUUGCUGCUCACUAUACUGUCUUCUGUCUACUGAAUUAAAGGGAAACUAUAGUGUCUGGAAAACAAACUUCUGUCAAGGCCCCCUCCUGUGGCGCUUUCCUGGGUCCAGCGCCGAUGUCCCUCGGCACUGGCUCCAUUCCGCCCACGCUCCUCCCCCUGCCGACAGCAGCGGGCGGCAAUAGCCAUGCUCUCAUUAGGAUCUCCCCAUAGGAAAGCGCUAUUCAAUGCUUUCCUGUGGGGAUUCCGGUGAUUCCAGUGUCGUUUAGACAUCCAAAAGUCGUCUAAGAACCUGGAAAUCCAUUUAGUGGCUGUCUGGUAGACAGCCACUAGAGGAGGAAUUAACGCUGCAAGGUAAUUAUUGUAGUUUAUAUAAACAGCAAUAAUUACAUGCUACAGGUUAAGGGUGAUGGGAGUUGGCACCCAGACCACUUCAAUGGGCUAAAGAGUGCCUACAGUGUCCCUUUAAAUAAAAUAAUCCUGAAUACCCCAUGCCCCUAUUACUAAAAUAAAUGUAUGUUGGCUUUCCCCAACUGUAUCUUUUUUGUGAGUCUAACUCUGUAAUGCCCUAACAUGCUUUUUUAGUGAAUGACACAAACACACAUUCUCUCCAGCCUUGCUCUAAUGUAUUAAUGCCAGGGAUGAGGUGAUGUUAGUCUAAUAAUGGGAUGAGGCGAUGGUAUGUUAUGUUGGGAAAUUGUGUAGUCAGAGAACAGACGAACCCCAGCAGCUCUCUUGCUCACUAUACAUAAUUCUGUCUUAUGAAUUAAAUAGACAGAGCAGACACUUGCCACUCACAUCCCACAUUUAGAAUGUUACAGUCUCAAAUCACUUUGUUGAAUAUCUUGCGUUGCAUUUUUGUUGAGGUAAUUAAUAGCACAAUGGAAUAAUAGCACAGAAUGCUCAGUCGCACAUUUCUCAGGGCACAUUAAAGCUUUACUUUACUGCCUAAACUAUAGGGAAUGCGGGAUAGCCAGGCCACACAUUCCCUAUCCUUAGAGCCCAGGACUGUGACAACCGUCAUGGUUGUAACCCCCUGAUGGUGGCCCUGAUUCUAAAUUGCUUUCCCUAGACCUAAAUUUAAUUCCUAAAAUAUUGCCUAAACUAUAAAAGAACAUUACAGAUUAAUGAGUUCAGGUUGAGUAGCUAAUCCCCUUUAAGUGAAGUCAGACUGCAACUGAGUGAGAUAAGCACCAGUUUGCUUCACUGUUCCUUGAACAUACAUAUAACAUGAUUUCAGGCUUUUGGGGACAGAGUAAGAUUGGUCAAUCGGUUAGCACUGUUGCCAGACAGACAGAAAUGUCCAUGACUUCUCAGGGGAAGUAUUGCCCUGAUGCUCCAUCCUUGGAUCUGACACAGCUGAUCUUAAAGACUCCAUGGAGUGAUUGAAUCACUAUUAUAAAUGGAUUUGUUAAUGUUUUUGUUUUUCAGCUCUCAAAUUCAGGAAAGGGAAGAAGAGUUAAAGAGCAAAAUUAAACACAUUGUAAAAUGUGACAUUGAAAAAGAAAAUAUUACAGAUCCUGUGAUUCUGCCAAAAUCGGACUGUCUGUUGAGUGUAACAGUAUUGGAAGCGAUUAGUGAAGACCACGAAGAGUUUCGCAAAAACUUAAAGAAAAUCGUAUCUUUGCUUAAACCUGGUGGACAGCUUUUGUUAUUUACAGCAUUAGAUGCAACUUUCUACCGAUUAGGAGAACAUAAAUUCAGAUUAUUAAAAUGUGAUGAGACAUUUGUCAGAAGUGUUCUACAUGAACAAGGUUUUGUUAUUGAGUAUAUCGAUUGGUUAAAAAAACCCUCUGAAACACAUCUUACAGAUUUUAAUGAUAUCACUUUCGUCAUAGCACGCAAACCCAUGGAAGUAUAA